CCUCUUCCUCUUGGUCGCGUACUCGCCAGCUCCGGCAAAUCCUGCUUCAGCUGGUAGGUUCCGUCUACGCCCCGUGGAGAUCUCGAGCUGUCGUAUUCCUUACGCUCACCAAGGCGCCGGCAGCCUUUCGGAGCACCCGCAUACAUUCUUUCGGCGUCUUGCACCCACUCCGCCGCAAGAGACGACCUUCGCCCGGGGGCAAAAGGAGAACUACACCAUGCCGAUCAAACGCAAAGCCUUGGAUAGCGGUCGGUCAAGUAGAGCAUCGAAGCGGCCAACUCCCGUGCCAGAUAUCGGCAGUAGCGAUGAAUACUCGGACUACGAGGAUGAAGUCAAGGAUGAUAAUUUGAAAGAUGUCCUGGAGAAAUUCUCCCUCGAAUCCUUCAGCAACCAGAAGAGCGCCGUGCAGAGGCAGGACCCGAACUUCGGAUACAAGGACUUUUCUUCGCUAUCUUUGAAACCGGAUCAUGCGAACCGUCCGCUCUGGAUCGAUCCCCUCAAGGGUACCAUCACCCUGGAGAGUUUCUCCCCGCUUGCGCCCCAGGCGCAGGACUUCCUGACCACCAUCGCCGAACCGCUGUCGCGUCCCACCCACCUCCACGAAUACCGAUUGACCGGAAACAGUUUGUAUGCGGCUGUCUCGGUCGGCUUACAACCCCAAGAUAUUAUCAACUUCCUGGAUCGGUUGUCGAAAACGCCGCUUCCCGAAUCCAUCAAAUCAUUCAUCGUCGACUUCACCAAAUCAUAUGGAAAGAUCAAGGUCGUGUUGAAACAUAAUCGUUUCUUCGUGGAGAGUACCGAUCCGGCGAUGCUGCAGAUGCUGCUGCAGGAUGAAGUCAUUGGUUCUCAGAGAUUGAAGGGCGCGGAGGGCAUCAUUCAGCAGGCAGCCCCGAAAAUGGGCGGCCUGGUCAUCCCCGGUACGAGAGAUGCUGCGGGUGUAAAGCAGGCUUCGGAGCAGAAGCCGGAAGACGCUGCGGGGGAAGCUCGCAAAGAGGACGAUAUUCUUCUCGCCAUCCGCGAUGACGAUGACGAUGACGAACAGGCUCAAGUGCACAGCUUCGAGAUCCCGAACGAAGCUGUGGAACCUGUCAAGGCGCGCUGUCAGGCCAUGGGCUGUCCUGCACUGGAGGAGUAUGAUUUCCGAAACGAUGAGAUCAAUCCCACCCUGGAUAUUGACCUGAAGCCCGCUGCACGCAUUCGAAGCUACCAAGAAAAGAGUCUGAGUAAGAUGUUUGGUAACGGACGUGCGAAGAGUGGGAUCAUUGUGCUGCCUUGUGGUGCGGGCAAGACCCUUGUGGGUAUCACGGCGGCCUGCACGAUCAAGAAGGGAACCAUCGUGUUGUGCACCAGCUCGAUGUCCGUGGUGCAGUGGCGAAAUGAAUUCUUGCGGUGGUCCAACAUCGACCCGGGUGAUAUUGCCGUGUUCACCUCGGACAACAAGGAGAAGUUCCGCCGGUCGACCGGUAUCAUCGUGUCUACCUACUCGAUGGUGUCUCAGACGCGUGCUCGGUCGCAUGAUGCGCAGAAGAUGAUGGAUUGGAUCCAGUCGCGCGAGUGGGGUCUGAUGAUCCUGGACGAGGUGCACGUCGUACCUGCGUCUAUGUUCCGAAAGGUCACGUCGGCCAUCGCCUGUCAGAGCAAGCUGGGGUUGACCGCGACGCUCCUGCGAGAGGACGACAAGAUCAAGGAUUUGAACUUUUUGAUUGGCCCCAAAUUGUACGAAGCCAACUGGAUGGAGCUGGCGGAACAAGGCCACAUUGCCAAGGUGCAAUGUGCCGAGGUGUGGUGUCCGAUGACGACCGAGUUUUACUCGGAAUACAUGCGAGAAAAGUCCCGGAAGGCGGCUCUGCUAUAUAUUAUGAAUCCUCGAAAAUUCCAGGCCUGCCAGUUCCUGAUCGACUACCACGAGAAGCGCGGAGACAAGGUUAUUGUGUUCUCUGACAACGUCUACGCGCUCGAGCGGUAUGCUCUCAAACUGAACAAGGCGUAUAUUUACGGCGGUACUCCCCAGAACGAGCGAAUGCGCAUUCUGGAGAACUUCCAACAUAAUGAACAGGUCAACACGAUCUUUCUAUCCAAGAUCGGCGAUACGUCUCUUGAUCUCCCGGAGGCCACCUGUCUGAUCCAGAUCUCGUCGCAUUACGGUUCCCGUCGUCAGGAAGCCCAGCGCCUUGGCCGGAUUUUGCGGGCCAAGCGUCGUAACGACGAGGGCUUCAAUGCUUUCUUCUAUUCGCUCGUGUCGAAGGACACGGACGAGAUGUUCUAUUCCUCCAAGCGUCAGGCUUUCCUGGUCGACCAAGGCUAUGCGUUCAAGGUCAUCACCCACCUGCAAGGCAUCGAGAACCUACAGGGACUCGCCUAUUCCUCCCCCAGAGAACGGCGUGAGCUGCUACAAGAGGUGAUGCUGCAGAACGAGACCUCGGCGGAGGUGGAGCAUGUCACGGACGACCUCUUCUCGGGUCGUUCCGGCGGACAGGCCCGGAAGGGAGGCGUCAAGCGCAGUGCGGCGACGCUCAGCGGGCUGGCGGGUGGGGAGGACAUGGCAUAUAUUGAAUACAACCGGAGCCGGAACAAGCAGCUGAAGGACAAGGUGGGCCACCACCCGCUGUUCCGGAAACUGGAGCGGGAGCGUCUGAAGCGGAAGAAGGAGCUGGAAGAUUUCAUGCGUUGAUCCAGAAACCAGUGGGAUACGGAGUCAUGGGCUAUGAUAGAUUGCGACCACAUACCGAUAAAUGCUACAUUAAAAGUAAUUGAUCAGAUAUCUC